AUUCAAUCAUUUUAAUUUUUCCUGUAAGAGAUCGAAGUAAAACUUCCACAAUAAUUCUAAGCCAUAUCUUAACUCCAACUCCAUAUUUCAAAGACAUGUUGAUUCCUUCCUUUUCCAUUCUUCUUCCAUCUCUUCUUCUUCUCAUACCUCCAAUUUUUAUUAUUCUCAAACGCAUCAAAUCUCCUUCUUUAAAAAAACUCCCACUUCCUCCUGGUCCAAAUCCAUGGCCAAUCUUAGGAAAUCUCCCUCAAAUUGGUCAAAAUGCUCACAUUUCCAUCACCCAAUUUGCAAAUAUCUAUGGCCCUUUAAUCUCCCUCAAGCUCGGAGCUCAGCGUCUGGUCGUGGCUUCUUCUCCUGCCACUGCCACUGCAGUUCUCAAGACGCAUGAUCGCUUUCUCUCCAAUCGAUACAUCUUGCAAAUGACCCCUGAUAGAGCUCUCUACAAUCAACACUCUCUUGUUUUCUCCCCUGAAUGUGGGGAUCAUUGGAAGAAUUUGAGGUCAAUUUGUAAAGCGAACUUGUUUACAGCUAAAGCAAUUGAAUCGCAAGCUAUUUUGAGAGAGAAGAAGAUGAAGGAAUUAGUGGAAUUUUUGGAAUCAAAACAGGGAUCUGUCGUGAAGAUUAAAGAUUUUGUUUUUACCUCUGUUUUCAAUACACUUUCUAACUUGAUUUUUUCGAUGGAUUUGCUUGAUUUUGUUGGCGAUGGGUUUAACGGGAUUAAAGGGUCUUUCAAGAAAAUGAUGGAUUUGGGUUUGACUCCAAAUUUGGCUGAUUUUUAUCCAUUGUUGAGAAGGUUUGAUCUUCAAGGUCUUAGAAAGAAAGCUGCCAUUUACAUGAAUGAAGUUGAUUCUUUGUGGGGGAUUCUUAUUAAAGAAAGAAGAGAAAUUCAUUGUCAACAAGGUUCAGCUUCAAGUGAUUUCUUGGAUGUUUUGAUUCAAAGUGGAUUCAGUGAUCAACAAAUCAAUUACUUGAUCAAUGAAUUGCUAUCUGCAGGCACAGACACAACUACAACAACAGUGGAAUGGGCAAUGUCGGAGAUUCUAAAAGACAAAGGCAUACUAAACAAAGUAAGACAGGAAAUAAAGAAGGUAACAAAGGAAAGCCCCAUUGAUGAAUCCAACAUUUCUAAGCUUCAAUAUCUAUGGAGUUGUGUGAAAGAAACCCUAAGACUACAUCCACCUGCCCCAUUUCUUCUUCCACGUUUAGCUCCAAUGGACUGUGAAGUUAUGGGAUACUCAAUCCCAAAAGACAGUAUGAUUUUUGUCAAUGUUUGGGGAAUUGGGAGAGACCCUUCAAUUUGGGAAGAUUCUCAAACGUUCAAUCCUGAAAGAUUUGAUGUUGGUUGUGGUAAUAAUGUGGAUUUUAAAGGGUACGAUUAUAGGUAUUUGCCAUUUGGUGGAGGAAGAAGAAUUUGCCCUGGUCUGCCAAUGGCCAUUGUGCAAGUGCCUUUGAUUUUAGCCACAUUACUUCACAACUUUGAAUGGUCACUUCCUAAUGGUGAAGAUUUAUCAAAGUUGGAUUUGAAUGGAAGGCUUGGUGUCACAUUGCAAAAGUAUGAAGCUCUUGAACUUAUUCCUAAAAGGAACCCUAUUUGAAAUGAUUGUCAACAUUCAUUAUUUAUGUAUAAUAAUAAAGCUUUAUUACUACAUGUUUGUCAUAUACUAUUUAUAUAAAUCCAAGCUUGUGCGUACAAAUUAUACA